AUGGGUGAAGCAUUCCAAAUCCUUGGCUUCCUCGGCUCCCUGCUGCUGGCGGCGUCGUUGGUGCCGCAAGCGAUGAAAUUGUACAGGACCAAGAGCGCGAGAGACAUCAGCUUGUCAUACCAGAUAUCGUACGUGCUGGGACUCGCAAUGAUCGUGGUGUACGGCUUCGGCCGAUGGCUCUGGCCCGUGUACAUCCCUGCAACGAUUGAACUGUGCGCUGCGAUUGUGGUGUUCAGCAUGAAGCUCUACUACGACUGGCAGGAGCAGAAGCAAGACGGUGACAAGAUCGCCGGCACUAGCCCUGAGGUGGAGGUUGACGUCGCUUCCGCCGUCUCGCGGACGCUGCAGUGA